AUGGACGGACUGUUCUUCCUGCCUUCGUGCCCGCUGGCCCUAACUCGAGCAUACUGGCUAGAUCCCGAUCACCGCAUCAUGACCAGCUAUCCCAUGUUGAUUGAGCCGUCGAUAGUUGAAUUUGACCGCAUCGUCGCUACCAUUGAAUCCUCAAAUACAUCAGACUACGAUAUGGAAAUCGUGAAUACUAUCUACAGAGACCACGCCCUCAUCCUCUCUCAUCGACCCUAUGCCUUGCUGACAGGAGAGUUCCGCGAGACUAUUCAUACCAGAUACCUUGGGAACUCACGGGAAGUCUGGAGUCCUCAGAAGGCUCUAAUGGAAGCAAAGACCGUCCAUUUCUCUGAUUGGCCAGUUCCAAUCGUCUGUCUACCUUCAGUCUACCUCACGAAAAAAAGUCUCUUCGGUUCAUCAUGCGGACAGAACCUGAAUAGCCUUGGGUUGAUUUCCCUUCAAAUGCUAUGA